AUGUCCAACAGCAGCUCCAUCAGGCACUUCCUCCUGCUGGCAUUGGCAGACACACGGCAGCUGCAGCUCCUGCACUUCUGCCUCUUGCUGGGCAUCUCCCUGGCUGCCCUCCUGGCCAACGGCCUCAUCAUCAGCACCGUAGCCUGUGGCCACCACCUGCACAUGCCCAUAUUCUUCUUCCUGCUCCACCUGGCCCUCAGCGACCUGGGCUCCAUCUGCACCACUGUCCCCAAAGCCAUGCACAAUUCCCUCUGGGACACCACCACCAUCUCCUACACAGGAUGUGCUGCUCAGCUCUUUUUCUUUCUGUUCUUCAUUUCAGCAGAGUAUUUCCUCUUGACCAUCAUGUGCUAUGACCGCUACGUGUCCAUCUUCAAACCCCUGCACUACGGGACCCUCCUGGGCAGCAGAGCUUGUGCCCACAUGGCAGCAGCUGCCUGGGCCAGUGCCUUUCUCACUGCUCUCAUGCACACAGCCAAUACAUUUUCCCUGCCCCUGUGCCAUGGCAAUGUCCUGGACCAGUUCUUCUGUGAAAUCCCAGCAAUCCUCAAGCUCUCUUGCUCCAAAUCCCACCUCAGGGAAAUUGGGAUUUCAGUUUUCACUACCUUUUUAGCAUUUGGCUGUUUUGUGUUCAUGGUUUUCUCCUACGUGCAGAUCUUCAGGGCUGUGCUGAGGAUCCCCUCUGAACAGGGACGGCACAAAGCCUUUUCCACCUGCCUCCCUCACCUGGCUGUGAUCUCCCUGUUCCUCAGCACUGUAACAUUUGCCUACCUGAAGCCUCCCUCCAUCUCCUCUCCAUCUCUGGAUCUGGCCCUGUCAGUUCUGUACUCGGUGGUUCCUCCAGCCCUGAACCCCCUCAUCUACAGCCUGAGGAACAAGGAGCUAAAGGCUGCAGUGUGGAGACUCAUCACAGAAUGGUAUCAGGAACAUUAA